UUUUUUUUUUGAUUUAUUCGUUUUUUUUUUUUUUUUUUUUGGGGGGUUGUAUUUUUUUGAGGUUUUUCUGUUGUGUCCUCCGGAACCGUCAUUAGCAUGUCGACGUGCCUCUGGUUUGGCGACCUCGAGCCAUCCUGGGAUGAAUCGUUCAUCAGCUCGCUCUUUGGCCAGGCCGGAGAGCCCGUCGUCGGGGUCAAGAUUAUUAAAAACCGCCUCACCGGAGGACCAGCAGGGUACUGCUUUGUCGACUUUGGCAACUCGGACCGUGCAGUUCGUGUCCUGCACGCUUUGAACGGCGCACAGAUUCCAGGUCUCGAUCCGUCUCGACGAUUCCGACUAAACCUGGCACUCUACAGCGGCGCAACUCGCAACGAGCCCGAGUACUCUCUCUUUGUUGGCGAUCUCACCGCAGACGUCACGGACUUUCAGCUCCAUAGCUUCUUCAAGCAAUUGUACGCCUCCUGCAAAACCGCAAAGGUCGUCGUGGACCAGGCUGGCACACCGAAGGGAUUUGGCUUUGUGCGCUUCACCGACUCGAACGACUGCCUCCGCGCGCUGCUCGAGAUGAACGGAGCCGUUGGGUGCGGCGGCAAGCCGAUGCGCGUGAGUGCCGCGACGCCAAAGCGCCCCGAUCUGGUGAGCGAGCUGUCUGGUGGGCCCGCGACCAUGCUGCCUGGACAGGAGCCCACGUCGAUGCUGACCGCGCUGCAGCAGCUUCAGCUGUACCAGCAGCAGCAACAACAACAACAGCAGCAGCAACAACAACAGCAGCAGCAGCCUGCUGCACAGCAAAUGUUCCAACAACACCAGCAACUGCUCCAGGCCAUCCUCACCGCCCAGCAACAACAGCAAUACCAGCAGCUGCAACAGCAGCAACAGCAGCAACAGCAGCAGCAGCAGCAGCUCCAGCAACACCACCAGGCGGCUGCACCGAACGGGAUUACGCCCACCGUGUCUCCACCCCUCGCCGAUCUGCACGGCGUCUCGCGCUCGGUGCCCUCGACCUCGCCUCCUGUUGUUCCAGUCUCGUUGCACAGCAGCACCAACUCACUCAACGGCCUGACCAGCUCGCAACUGCAGAACGGGUCGUCUCUGCUCUCGAGCUCCCCGGGCUCGAACGGUUCGUUGAUGCAGCAGUUCCAGCCCAACAAGUUUAGCACUGUGCCGCUGACGCCGGCCCUGUCCACCUCGUCGGUCAACGUUGCAGCCAACUCGAGUGCAUCGAGUGGCGCCGGCGGCGUCACGACUGCUGCAGGCGUUUCUCGCAACAGCUCGUUCAACAGCGGCACGUCGCACUCUGACAGCCAGUCCAACGGCGGCACCACCGGCACCACCAACACUGCAGGCAGCACACGGCCCACUGGCAUUCCCCCAAUGUCGGUCAUCAUCCCGCAAUCGGCGCCCAUCUCGAACUUCUCCUCGCCCAACGCUACGCCAUCGUCGCACUCGAGCCACGGCGGCGGUCACCACUUGCCGUUCUCGGCCAUUGGCGACAUGGGCUCUGCUGCUGGUGGUGGUGGUGGUGGUGCUCCCAUUCCCCCGUACUCGUCCAUGCUGUACCACUCGCUGCCGCCAGCCAACGGCUCGCCCCUGAUGUCGCCGACCUCGUCGUCGAUGCUGUCCGGCACCACGGCCGUCUUGGGAAGCAGCUCGUCGGCAGUCGCUGUUCUCGCCGGCAUCAAUGCGCUGCCGCAACAGCUGGCUGCAACCCAAACCGCGCAGCUCCCUCAGCAGCCACUGUCGCUGCGCGCCCUCCACCUUGCCAACGGCGGUGCCGUGCCGUUUACUGCUCUCCCUGCCGCGAACGGCUCUGGUACACACAUUCACGUUGACGACUCGAUCAACACGACAGUGUACGUGGGUGGGCUUUCCCCGCACGUCAGUGCCGAGGAGCUCAAGGCCAUCUUUUCGCUCUUUGGCGACAUUGUCGGCGUGCGCAUCCCGCAGGGCAAGGCAUGCGGCUUUGUCCAGUUUGCUCAGCACGGCAACGCCGAGCAGGCCAUCGCGCACCUGAAUGGGCAGUACAUUGGAGGCCAGCCCAUCCGGCUGUCGUGGGGCCACCACAAGCUUCCGUACACAGUGUCCACGGACGCCGCGGGCAGCUCCCCCUCGCAGUCGAGUCAACUUCUCUCCCAAUCUCCGCAGUUUGCGCAUGUUUCCGCGCGGCAGCAUUCCGAGUACUAUGGCAGUACACCACCGCAGGACGGUGUACGUGAUUACCGCCGCCAAAGUAGUCUCGGCAAUCUGUCCGUCUCGGUCACGUCGUCCGGUCACGACACGCCCAACUUGCUGAGUCCCCGUGGCUCGAGCGGCUCUUCGUCGAGCGGCUCGAUGCAAGGGUUGGACACUGUUGGAACUUCUCUGCAGCAUUCAGAUCAGCAGCAGCAGCCGCAGCAGCAACAACCACAGCAACAGCAGCAGCAACAACACACUGUGCCUGUCAAUGUCCAGAUUGCCCAUCUUCAGCAACAGCAGCAACAACAACAACAGCAGCUGGCUCAGCAGCAACAUUUGAUGUAUUUGCAAAGCCUGCAGAACGGUGGAGCCCCUCACCAAGCACCCUCUCCCAAGCAACACCACCACCAUCAGCAACAACAGCAGCAACAGUUCCAAAUGACUCAACAGCAGCAGCAACAGUUGGCCCAUCUGCAGUUGCUGCAAGGUUUGCAUCAGCAGCAGCAGCAGCAGCAGUUGAGCCUGCAUCCGCAACACCAGCAGGCGGUCCAGUUGCAGCUUCAUUUGCAACAGCUGCAACACAACCAGAUGCAGCAGCAGCAACACUCGCAACAGCAGCAUCGCGGGCCCCAUGUGUUUGCACAGCCAAACCAUGGCGACUUUGACGAGUCGCAGCUCCGCCACCUUCUUCAGACAUUCUCCUUGAACGACGGGCGUGCGCAGCCUUCAGCACAGGCGCAAAUGUACGCACAGCAGACUGGCCUGGACGCGUCCUCGCCUCGCUUCCAACCGUCUCAGCUCAAGCAGCCUCAUCACGCUGCUGCUCCCACUCACCAGCACGCUCAGCUUGGAGGCGAGCGGCUGAGCAAUGGCCGCAACGCACCCUACAAUGCGACCUUCCUGGACCAAGCCCACCUGGCACCCCCGGCCCUUUCUGGUCGUCGCCUGUCGGCCGAUGCCAACCAAGAUGAACUCUUCUCCGACCUCGAGAGCACGCGCUGGAAGUUUGCGAUGCUUCACGAAGACGGCGAGGCUGACGAGCGUUCGUAAUUUGUUUCGAGCGCACGUUUUUGGAUGCGUUGACCGCAACCUUGCCUUGUGAGAGCCGUUCAUUGCUCGUCGUCUUUUUUUUUUUUUUUCCCUCGUAGCUCGUCGUUUUUUUGUUCGUCGUGGUUUCUGGCCUUCGACUUUGGUGCUACACCAUCACCCCUUUCCUCUCUUGUUCGCUUUUUUAUAGCUCGAUUGAUUUCUUUUUUCUCGCCCUGGCUUUAUUCCUUUU